AUGACGGACGACGAUGCUGCUUCUGUUCGUGUGGCCGUGCGUAUCCGACCGCUUAUUGGCCGCGAGAAAGUCGAUCGCUGUGAUGAGUGCGUGUCCGUACUGGAGGAGGAGAACCAGAUUGUUAUGGGCAAGAAUCGCGCCUUCACGUACGACUACGUGUUCAGUAAAUACGCCCAACAGAGUGACAUUUGGCGCUGCGUAGACCCUCUCAUUCGCGCUACAUUUGAUGGUUAUAACUCAACUAUCUUUGCCUAUGGCCAAACGGGCUCAGGUAAGACGUACACGAUGGGAAGUGGCAGCUCGGUACACAUUCCGCCGGAGGAUUACGGCAUCAUCCCUCGAGUAAUCAGCUACAUGUUUGACCAGAUCGACACCAAGAUUCGGGAGAAUCAGCACUACAAAGCAGAGCUUAAGAUUCGGUUCUUGGAGAUCUAUGGAGAAGAAAUUCAUGACCUCCUCGUGACGCUGGGAGAUUCUACAGGAGAGAGUAAAGUGAGUCUACGUGAAGCGGAAAAUGGAGAAGUACAGGUCACUGGAGCUUCAGAAGUCCAAGUAGUCGAAUCGGACGAGUGCAUGAGAUUGCUGGAGAGGGGCACGUUAUGUCGCACAACGGGCAGUACGCUCAUGAACGCCCACUCGAGUCGUUCCCAUGCCAUUUUUACAGUUACUAUGGUACAACACGUUCCUAUUGGUGACCUUCCUGCUGAUGGCAGAGCAAUGGAGGAAGGAGACUAUGAAACGAGAAACUCGUACUUUAACUUUGUGGAUCUUGCCGGAUCGGAACGACAGAAAAGAACGCAAGCGGAGGGCAAGCGCCUAAAAGAAGGUAUCGAUAUCAACAAGGGUCUUCUUGCACUCGGUAAUGUCAUCAGCGCGCUGGGAGACGACAAGAAGCGAGGCAAGGUGCACGUUCCGUAUCGUGACUCCAAGUUGACUCGUAUGCUUCAAGACUCUCUAGGUGGCAACAGUCGAACGUUGAUGCUUACGUGUGUAAGUCCUGCUGAUGUGAACUUUGAAGAGACACUAAACGCGCUAAAGUAUGCGAAUCGAGCUAGGAACAUUCAGAACAAGCCUGUGGUCAACCGUGACGAAGCAUCAGCCAUGACCAUGGAAUUGCGUCGCCAGAUAGAAAUGCUUCAGAUGGAAGUACACCGGUUGCGCAAUCCGGGACUUUCGGAAAGCGAAUUGAAGAUGACAACGGUGGGAACAAAUUUCAUCGGUAUGGCUAACGACUUUGACUCGUUUGGCAAUCUCCAGACUCGAGCUGAGAAUGCUGAAAAUGAGGUGGCUCGACUGACGGCUGAGCUGAAGCGUGGCAAAACGCAGCUUGAUCACUUGAAGGAGGAGAUGAUAGCAGCGCAAGCAGAACGCGACUAUUUGAGGCUAUGCGUCGAAGAAGGCACUGGUGGAAGCUCCGUGUCAUCGGAUGAGAGAGAGUCAAAGUGCAAUGUUUUGAAAGAUCAGCUCCGAAUAAUUUAUGAGCUGCAAGAAAAACUUCGCGCAACUGAGCGAGACCGCGACAACGUCAUGAUGAACUUCCCUGGAUCGACCACUAACGCCAACAGUAGUGGAGCUCGACCAUCGGCCGCUGCUGCAUUCGUUCUUCCUUCGCUCGCGGAGGUUGAUACAAAGGUAGGAAGUGAACUGCUUCAAAGAGCAGAGAAGGAGAUUGAGAGAGAAACCGCCCUGUUGAACAAAUUGAAAGAAGGCGAAAGCGGUGAUGAUGCUGGUGGUAACAGUGAAGGAAGCGAAGACGGUAAUGAUGGCAAUGAUUCGGCAGACGGCAUGGAAGCUGAGGAGGAAAAUCAAGAAGAAGCUGGUCGUAUGCGUGUGUUUCAGCGCCGUCAACGUCAUCUUGGCGAGUCGGUGCAGGAUCUUGCUCACGAUAUCUCCUUAAAGGAGCAACUAGUGCAAAACAUUCGCCAGGCUCAAGAAAACUACGAUCGGAUGAAGAGUUUCUAUGAGCAGAAGAUGGCUGAAAUGGUGGAAGAGAUGCACACUGCACAGGUGGACCGCGAUCGUCUUGUGGAGGAGAUUCAGCAGAUCGAAAAGAAGGCAGCUGCUGGAGGAGAUACAUCAGGCGAGAACGGGCGACUGACAAAACUGUCACGAGAUCUCAAGUUGAAGGAAGAAGAACUCCACGCACUACGAAAGAAGCAAAACGACAUUAGCUGCUUUAUGAGCCAGAAGAAAAAGAACGAGAUGCAGCUACGUGUACUAAACUCGGAGAUCAGCAACAUGAAGCGGCAAAAGGUGGACCUAGUUAAGAAAAUACAGGAAGAGAGAAAACGAUAUGAAGAAGAAGCAAAGCAGCGGCGCCGCGAGAUAAUGAGUCUCAAGCGCACUCAGCAGCGUGACAAGCAACACAUUUUGCGCUUGGGAUCCCAGAAGGAUGCCCAGGAGCGGGUGCUGAAGCGAAAGAUGGAGGAAGUUACGGCUGCAAAACAGCGGCUCAAGCAUCAGCAGCAACUGACAGCUCAGGCAAGGAAAAUGAAUUCGGGUCGCAAGAAGAAACCUGGCAUGAAUCGGUCUGAUCACGAUGCCAAAUGGUUAUCAGAAGAGGUGAAAAAGCGUGCAGAAGAGCAACAAAAACUGGAGCAACUACAGAAGGAACGAGAGGCUGUGGCACAGGAGAUGGAAGCGCUUUAUGUCCAGCGGGACAUGCUUGAGAGGGAGGUAAAGAACUCAAUUUCGUCCCGGACGAACAUUCGAGAUGUGCUAACUUCACCCAUGCAGAGCAUGGCUCCGCCUAGCCGACUUGACAGCGGACGAGAAGAUCAACAGCUUAAUCUUGCUGAAGAACAAUUACUUUACGACUUGGAGGAGCGGAUUGAGGCUUGUCAGGCCCAAUUAGAGUAUAAGGAAGAGAAAAUUUUCGAGAUUUCUGACGAUGUACGGGUGGUUGACGGAAGCAACGCGCUAACGAAAAUUGAGACAACGCAGUCGUUGCCUGAGGCUCGAACGCUUUUGAAAAUGCUAUUCAGUAUGGCUGUCGAUGUGAAGAAGCAAGACCAGCAAAGGGAGCAAGAGCUUGCAAAACAGCAAGUUGAAAUGGCAGAUCUUGUUCGUCAUCUCGAGCAAGAGCGUGAAAAAACAGCGCAAAUAAAGCAGAGUUACGAAGAGUCAUUGCAGCGUGUGGUAAACGGAGGAACAAGCCUCGAUGGGUCGUCCUCUGCACAGGAGCCGCUCGACGAGCGUAGUCGCAUACUGUUGUCUGUGUCUGAAGAGAGAAACUCGGUACUAAGAAAAAAAUGCGAAGAGUUGGAAAGGGUUUCCUCUAGAAGGGAUCGAGAAAAGCAGUUGAUGGAAGAUCGUCUUCAGCAGGAACAGCUGGAUCUUGCUGCUAGCAGAGAUCGUGUCCGAUAUUUGGAAACCAAGUUAAGAAAGUUAAGCGCUGUUGCUGUGGUGGCUAGCCAGAAACCAGGUCGGUCGCAAAUUCCGGUUUCAUCGUCGAUUGGAAAUAAGUUUGCGGCAGUGUCAAGACAAACACAAUCGGGACAAACUUCCUGGAUCAACGAGUCGGAUGGUGAUGAUGAAUAUAUGGGUGAUGAGCCCGAUGAUGAACAUGAGCAGGACGGCAACGAGGACGUCCUCAUGCAAAGUGAUGACGACGACAACGCUCAAAUUUCCCGCACAGUCGGUCAAGCUCGCCGCCGUUUUAGGAUGGAGUCAGAGAAUGUGGGUGGUAGUAACCUGGAUCUUGCGUCGAUGUCAUUGCAAAAGUCGAGUGCGCUGCUACGUAACGGCAGCGAAGAGUAUGGUUUGCAUGGAGAUGAUAGAGAUGAUGCAACCUCACCGCAUAUGGGUAGCGAUGAUUCUUCUGCCACGUCCAAAUCCAUUUUCUCGCGACUAUCUAACCCUACGAAUUUCACGGGUAUUCACAAGAAUCGUGUGCAAGAGAGCGUUUCUAAACGUGAAAUCCUGCAAAGCCGCUCAGAGCGUAAUCGCUCGAGGCGAUUGAAGGACAAGGGGCAGCGCAAGUUGCCGAGGUCCUUCAAUGCCCCGACGGAGCAGUUUGUUGGAACUCCCGCAGGCUUGAAGAAUCUACCUUCUAUCAAGAGCAACUCGGUUUUACAGGUGCUCGCUAAUAUGAAGCGCGAGAACGAGUCAGAACAAUACGUCAGCAGCUCUUCUGGCUUGCGGCAGCCGAUGUCCUACGUUACUACAGACCGUCCACCUCCGCAGGGUGAUGUAUACUCUCGUCUGGCGGGUCAAUACACGGCCUCUGCCAAAAACAAGCGCCACCACGUGAACACUGCUGUCCGCCGCGAGAAGGGAGGUGAAGCAAAAGGCUUAGGAAAGGACAAGUUGCAUGGAAUCGACGUGAAAGAGAACGUGUACGUCGUAGACCAGCACGGAGGCAGCGAAGAUGCUAAUUACACAGGGAGCGAAGACGAGCGCAGCUAUGAUCCACUUCUCGGUGGAGACAGCCUCAUCAAGCAGGUUCAUGACAGUUAUCAGGAGCGCAUAGCCCAGCGAAACGCCGAUGUCUAA